AUGCGUUGGACGGAAGUUCCGCCUACGCCGAGUCUUCGGGAGUCGCAGUUUUCCCCAGCAGCGCGAUGCGUGCUGAGCAGGCCUCCGCUUGGUACAGGCGAAUGUCUGCUGUCUACGCUUUGGGUGCCUGGACCACGUUGGGCUCCUUGAUUUUCUUCGGUCGGAAAAAGAGCAAGCCAUUAGGUGGUGAAUUAGAGCAAAAGGAAGAAAUAACUGAACCCCCAAAAGGAUUUUAUGUGGAAACGAUUGUCACAUAUAAAGAAGAUUUUGUUCCAAUUACUGAGAAGAUCCUCAACUAUUGGAAAUCAUGGACUGGGGGUGGUGGACCAGAAUCAUGAUUGACUGCUGAAUUCUGGAAACCAGGACUUUGGUUCAGAUUAUAAAUUUGAUAGAUGCCUUGAUUUUCAUCUCAUGUUUGUGGAAAGUGUAUACAUUUAAUUUAAUUUUGCCAUAAAUAUCAUUACUAAUAAUAUGCAAUAAAUAUUUCCUUGAGGCAAAGUAAACUUGUAUAUUCAAGAAAUGUCCCUCUAUACUUACAUGAGUGAAAGGUUGAAGUGAAAUUUUACAUUGACUGUCUGUCUGUAAGCUUGCUUUCUGAAACUAGUUCCUGAACAUUAUAUUUCUUUAUGUUGCUGUCAGUCAUGGCUUUGAGUGGUCCAUUUAAGGAUAGAUUCAGCAAAUCUCCAUGUUUAGUUUGGGAUUUUUAGCAGCCCUUUGGGUACUAUUGGAUGCUUGGUGAGUACAUUAGGAUUUAAAUCUACUUGGUCUUUAGGACCACAAUGGGUGUGGAUUAAAUCCCAACUGUGACUACCAAUAUUCUAGACACAGGGAAUACUAAAUUGGGAGAACAUGGUUUCUGACCUAAGUGCUGCACCAGUACUCUUCACUAGUCUCUUGGUUGUGAGUCACAAAUCCACAUAAGUGAGCUUAAAUCAUGGUGGUGUUUGUCAAAAAUGUAUAUGUACAAUUCAGAAUUAAAGCAGAUCAUGUAGCAGUUUUAGGAGGGCCUGACACCAGGAACUGGAAUGCAACUAGCCACUCACUGACCCUGCCUCCUCUGGCUCAAAAAAAAGCUCAUAAUUUUCUAUAAGUUUGGACAUUCUUAGGUUGACAUACAUGUACUUAAAAAUGGUUUCCCAAUUAUGGUAAUUUGGUAACUUGAAACUUUAAACUCUUGCUAGCUAAAUUAAAUGAUGACAUUCAUUGAAUAUCUAGACAAUUUUCAAAUAAGAUACUGUAUCAAAUACUGAACACAGGUAUACCUACUUUUUUGCUUCUAUACUUGAUCUUAGCCAAAAGGCCAAGAAGUGAUUACUUUUUGCUUUUUGUAGAGGAAAUAAAGAUAUUUGAGUUUAUUGGUAAACAUGUUUUGUGCCACAGUAAAAAAAAUUUUGUGUUGUGACGAAAUAGAUAUUUCUAUAAAUUAUAAAAUGUGUUUAUAAAUUUAUUAAUUUUAAAGAAUACUGGUAUAAUAGGUUAUAAUUCCUUGCUCCUUAGUUUUUACUAGAAAUUAUGAUUUUUAAGGUUAAGAGUUUUAAUACAUGUAAUUAAAGGUACAAUAUAGAAAGCCACUAGUAUGCAAGAGAAAUAGGAUAUAUUUGGCUUAAAAAAAGUAUAAGAUAUGGAAAUGUGUUUUCAUUAAGAGAAAGUAAUUUUAUCCUGACUUUUUUUAAAAUUUUAUUUAUUUAGUUUUAGAGAGCAUGGAAGUGAGGCAGAGAGUGAGAGAAACAUCAGUGUGUUCUUGCCUCUCAAGCACCUGCUACUUGGUGCCCGGCCUGCGAUCCAGGCAUGUGCCCUGACUGGGAAUCGAACCAGUGACCCUUUGGUUCAUGGGCUGGCACUUAGUCUGCUGUACCAUAUUAGCCAGAGCUGUCCUAAUUAUUUCCGAAUGGCUAGAGAUACUGAAAGUUGAAGAAAGUUUAUGAAAAGUUAAUCUUUAAUUUUUUAAUUUUUAUUUUUUUAGAUUUUAUCAUUUUAAAAAUAUUUUAUUUAUUUAUUUUUAGAGAGAGGAGAAGGGAGGGAGAAAGAGGGAGAGAGACAUCAGUGUGUGGUUACCUCUCACAUGCCCCCAACUGGGUAUCUGGCCUGCAACCCAGGCACGUGCCCUGACUAAAUUGAAUUGGCAACCCUUUGGUUCACAGGCUGGCAUUCAGUCCACUGAGUCACAACAGCCAGGGCUGAAAAAUGAAUCUUGAGGAAGGAAAGUUUAUCUGAGUAGUGAAGCUGAAUAAGAUUGAAAUAAAAUUAUGUGAAUUUAAAUAUCAAAAGUAAGCUGAUAUAGAAUUACAAUUUGAUUUUCUCUGCUAAAAAGAACAGUUUUCUUAGAAUGUUAGUCUGCUACUGAUACUUUGAAAUUGUUUUCUGCCUGGAAAGCAAAAGUUAUUCUAUCAAAAUAAUUUUCUGUGUUUUGUACUAUCUUUUUUUCUUAAUCCUCACAUUAGGAUAUAUUUAUUGAUUUUAGACAGUAGGGGGGAGGGAGAGAGAAAAAGCUCGAUGUGAGAGAGAAACAUCAGUCUGUACAUACCUAUGGCAUAUCUGUGCCUGCUGUACAUACCCUGACUGGGGAUCAAACCCACAACCUAUGUAUGUGCCCUAAUUGAGACUUGAACCCAUAACCUUUUGGUGUAUGGGACAAAGCUCCAAUCAACUGAGCCACCUGGCCAGGGCUUAUGCUGGGUUUUAAUCAUGUCCUUGAUUACUUAAGAAAACUGAAUUUCCUCAAUAGUAAGAACUACUAAGUUUUGCUAACAGUUACGUAAAUUUCUGUUUUUGUCUUUGCAAAUUUUUAUUGUCACUUUGGUUAAAUGGAUAAUUAAGUGUUCAGUCAAAUGACUUAAAAUCCUAUUUAGUCAAAUGCCCAAAUCUGGGCCCCUGGAACACCUCAAAAGAUUUGUUUUCUCUCUUUACAAAAAAUUUUAAAACUAAUUAGACUUAUUUGGUAUGUUAAAUUGCAUGAGAAGCAUUAUAAAAUAAGCGGUGUUAAUCUUCCAGUGUAUAUUGUAAAGGUAAACAAUGGCUGUAAAUUGAAUGAAUAGUCAGGGCUACAGGAAACCCAAGGUGGCCACUUAGUUCUUUCAGGCUCCUGGCAAAAACCUGUUGUAUUUUCUUUUUUCUUUUGCAUUCCUUCAUCACCAUGAUACUUUUAAGCUGAACUUUAUUCAACUGCUGUUUAGUAUGGGUUAUCAAGAUGUUCCUGGUAUGUUUCCAGGAUGAGUUAAAGCUUUUCCCUACUCAAAGGCUGAUAUCCUCACAGUGUCAAACACACCGUUAGAAAAUGUGUUCCCCACUUGGGGUAUGCCUUCAGUCAUCUCUGAGCGAAUCAUAUGAGCUUUGAUGCAGACCUAAAAACUUAGAAUUAUCACUGACCCCUAUCACCCUUGGUUAUUAUCAGGCAAACUUGAGAGAAUGAAUGAAAAACUGGAUUUAAGCAGAAAUUUUAAUUACAUGGGACUGAAUGAACUAAUGAGGAUGAUUACAAUUUUUAUGACUUUCUGUUUGCAACAUUGCUAGGUUUUUUUCAAUGUAUAAGAAUUUUUUUCUAAAGCUAGCUAUGAAUUAGAGCAACUUGGUAAACCAUGCCUUUGUAAACAAAAUUGAAAAAGUUGUCUUUUUCUCCCUACUUGAUUCCUCCAUAAUUUGGAAACUUGCAGUGAGAGUUCUGAUUUUCAUGUCAAUGUUGUUAUUUGCAUAAGUUCAGUAAGAAUUUGUUCGUAGAACAGGAGACAAUUGGAAACUAGUUGUAUUUCAAGGAUUGGACUGGAAUGUCAUAUUGAGUGAGACGUGCAUAGACUCAGAUAUGACCAGACAGCUUUGAGAUUGACUGAUGGAAGUCAAUAAAAACCCUUGGAAAUAUUGGGUUAGUAUCUUGCUUAAACAUUACUAACAGCAUUACCAGGUGAGUAAAGAAUGUCACUUCUUGGCAGGUGCAGAAACCUCAGGAUAUUUUGGGGAGCUUGAGAAGAGAGGAACUCACCCAAAUCUAUAAAUACAGGCAACAUCCGAUGGCAAGUUCUUCCUGUGGCUUUUCUGGCCUUGAGAGGCUUUUUAAAGUUCAAC